AUCUGCAGCGGUGGCAACGGUGACGGUAGCGGCAUUUGCAACAAAUUCAGCAACAACAACAACCGCAUCAACGAGCACGUCUAUAACAACAGCGUCUGCGCCACCGAUAGCGGUAAUAACAAGCACUGCCAUUGGAAAAAUGCCAACCAGCGCUCCAGCUGUAGCGGUGACAGUAACGCCUGAAACGCUGCUGAGCGAAAACAACAGUAUCAGCACCACCACCCUGAUGGAUGCGAUGUCAACGUCAACUAAAUUCCAGCCGAUUUCGGAAAAUAGUGAGUUGAGCUUUAUGCCAAGUAAGGAUUGCGAAACCGAAUCCCUAUCCGAAGAUCAGCCGGAGGAAGUAGCUGUUGAUGAUAGCAGAUCGGGUAAUCCGUUGCUAAACACAUAUCCGCGUCCGCCCGGCGGCUACAAGUACUCUAUGGAGUUUCUCUAUAACAUUGGCCGAGAUCUGGCGGGCAUAACGCUUAACAUACCUACUCCAACGUCUAUAACGCCUCGUAAGUUGCGUACUGAACCCCCACCACCACCGACCCACUUGCCUCUCUUGCCGAAUGCCAUAAGUGGUGGCAGCACAGCCGCACCGCAUACUUCGUCGGGCGCCAACUCGCCCAUUGAUCGCUUUGCUGGCGGUGGAGGUGGCAGUGGUGGUGGCAUCGCUGGACCAGGAGGUGGAGGUAGCAGUGGCAACAUAUCGCCCGUGCAAUUCAUCUAUUCGGGCUACAUGCCUAGUGCACCGCAGCGGCGAUUGUGGCAUGCGGAGAAUGCCGUAUGGCAGUUUGAUCGCAACUAUCCAUUUAAUCAAGGCUACGCCUCGCAAUAUGGUAUUCCGUUGAUGCCGCUUGGCUUUGACCAUCCAUACAGCACACCACAACGUUUCAUUUAUCCGGGCUAUUACAAUCAAACUGGAGGUGGAAUACAUGCAUCCGGACCGGGCAUGCCACGCUCCAAUCGUCAUACAGCUCCAUCUACAACUUCGUCGACAAAUAUGCCAAGUAGUCAGUCUGCUCAGCAGCAGCAGCAACAACAGCAAGCGGAGCAAGCGGCGGAAAAUUUUAACAACGCGGGCGCCGGCAAUGGGCAUCAGAGCCAUUGCAACUAUGGUGGCGUGAAUACCGCCUAUGGGCGUCCGUAUCGCGAACGCUAUGGUAGUAGUCCCACAGAUCUGGGCGGCGCGUUUCACCGCGAGUCGAAGACUUUCUAUAAUAGCUCUGCGGCCAAUGGUGCAGUUGGAGGUGGAGUGCGAUUCAAGCAGUUUGAACCGCGUGGGAGUGGUUCCUAUCAACCGCGCUAUCAGCAGCCGAACGGUAGUGAGCACAGCAGUGUCAAUGGUCGUGGCUACAAGUAUCAAAACUAUUCCCAGGAUCGUCUAAGUGAGAAGCGAUCCAAGGGACAUUUACUUAAAGAGCGCUCAUCCAACUCAUCCGGCUCGCUGUCCACCUCGUCCUCCAAGUCCCAAAUGGAGCGCGCUGUGCGUCCCAUAAACGAGGAAUGUAACUCGAUCAACUCACCUGGAACUGGUGGCACGCGCCACCCACAGCGCAGCUAUCGCAACCGUGUGCGGUACAACGAUCUCCCAAACGGUGCAGAGGACAAGACGUCGCAGCACCGCAUCAGCGUUCCUAUAAGCAGCGGCAAUCAGGCAUCGCUGCGUCGCCUAUCCAAGUUCUCGGAUGUGCGCAGCUUUCAGCCACAGUCGCGACAGCAUCAGCACUCGCGCUACUAUCAAUCGCGCAACAUGGAGAACUUUAACUAUCAGCACUUCCUAAACUAUCAACAACACGCUGGAGGUGGUGGUGGUGGUGCUGGCGGAGGCAGUUGCAAUGCCGCUACUGGUGCUAUGGAUCCGUCCGAUGCGGCAGGCGGCAUAGGGGCCACUACUAGCGCUACAUCAGAAGGAGAGCAAGUCGGCCUGCAUCCGGACUAUGAGCAACGAAAUGGCAAAUUUUCGGAUGCCAUGGAGACCACAUCGAAUACAGAUUUUGUUCUAGAUGAUCUCCAUUCUCAUGUCUGCAAGCAGGAGAACUCCGACCAGGAUGUUCGCCCCACAAUGUCACAUGCCAGUUCCAUAUGCGGCGACUAUGAUGAUGGUCAGUCCUAUGCAAGCAUAGCACCCAGUUCCCCCAGCGAGAGCUCGGACAGUGAGUUAAGUGACGCAUCCGUUGAGUCCUUGGUGCGCCAAAUUACGGUGCAAUGCAUGGCUACCGGGGCAGGCGCUCAGGUCCCGAAUUUGGAUGGUCCAAAUUUGGUGCCCUAUGGCGAUAUGCAAUACCUGAAGGAUUGUGAACGAAAGCCUAAAAAUGGCUACAAAUACUCGUCGCACGGAGAGAGUGAGAAGAGUGAUUAUAAGCCAGAACCAUCGAUACCUGAUAGUGUGAUCAAUCUUGCCAAAAUAAUUGCAGCUGUGGCCGCCGACAAAUCUCAUGAAGAUGCGGGAAUAGAUAUUGACAAGGAUGACUUAUCGCUGGCAUCUAUUUUGUCUGGUACGGCAUCGCUUUGUUCCUGCAAGGGUACUGUAAGCGCCUCUGGACGAGCCAAUAUAAUAAUGGACGAUGUGUAUGAGGACGAGCUACCAAGCAUCAUGCAUAAUCGCUAUUUGCAUGGCUUUUUUGGAUAUACGCCCGCUGAUCGCUUUCUGCAACGCGCUGAUCUAGUGGAAAUGAAGCGGCCUCCCCGCUCAAUGCCCAGCCGUGCUAAGUGGGAGCCCUUAACACUGGGUAUAUGGAAGAAAUUUUUGGAAUCGCAACAAACGCGCACUAUUUACAAGACAAAGAUGAGAUUAUGGCGUUUUAUCUACACAGUAACCAUGGCUACAUAUCCACGUUAUGGCCUGUAUCUGGUGGGAUCGUCAAUAUCUUAUUUUGGCUCAAAAUGCUCGGACAUGGACAUUUGCAUGCUGGCCUGCACAAAUCCCAACAUUGAUCCGCGCAUGGAGGCCGUCUAUCAUUUGCAGCUAAUGCGAGGUCUUCUCAAAAAUACCAACGUAUUUAAGGACUUCAAUUUGAUUGAGGCUCGAGUGCCAAUACUGCGCUUCACCGAUCGGCGUCGCCAAGUUGAGGUCGACAUUAAUUUCAAUAACUCUGUGGGCAUUCGAAAUACGCAUCUGCUCUACUGUUAUUCGCAGUUGGAAUGGCGCGUGCGUCCCAUGGCAAUUACCAUUAAGCAGUGGGCUCAGUUCCAUAACAUCAAUAAUGCCAAGAACAUGACCAUCUCCAGCUACUCGCUGAUGCUCAUGGUCAUACACUUUCUGCAAGCGGGUGUUAGUCCUCCAGUGUUGCCCUGUCUGCAUAAAUUGUAUCCUGAGAAGUUUGCUUUCAUGCAACCCUGCGACUUCGGCUAUGUGGACAUGAAUGAGGUUAUGAAUCCGUAUCCGUCGGAGAAUGUUCAGACCUUGGGUGAGUUGUUGCUAAACUUUCUGCACUACUACAGUGUCUUUGAAUAUGGAAAGUUUGCGAUAUCGGUGCGUGUGGGUGGCGUGCUGCCGAUAGAGGUGUGCCGAGCAUCCAAGGCGGCCAAAAACGAUGUUCACCAAUGGAAUGAGCUGUGCAUUGAGGAGCCCUUCGAUCAGACCAAUACUGCACGUUCGGUCUAUGAUCCGGAGACCUUCGACCGCAUCAGAGCCAUCUUUCAAGCAUGCUAUCGACGUUUGGAGUCGACCCGAAAUCUAGAUUCAAUAUUCGAUGGCUAUGAUGGUCCGACCAUUCUGGCACACCCAUCGGUUGACUCCGAUGCCGAACUGGAUCGCAAGUUUCCCAGUGAAAAGUCAUCGAACUCGAACAGUGAGCUAGCAUCCCCCAGGUAUCUGAAGUCCAUGGUUGAUAAGUCGGUGGUGGCUCUGUGGAACGAUAUUGGUGAUAAGCAGCAGGCUUCGACCUUGGAGCAAAAAGUGAAAGAGGUGGAAAAUGAAAGUGCCGACAAAUUAAACGAUUUGGAAACCUCGGAGACUAAAGCACGCGAUACAUUAGUAAACAACACAACAGCCCACCUACCAACUACAACUACACCGACAACGACAACAACAUCAACCAGCACCAUCACAAACAUAGGCUCAGCCAAUGUUAAAUCUGUGGCCGAGCCACAUGAAGGCAUAGGCCUUCGCCAGAAUAUAUAGAAACAAUCUAAAUGAGCUGCUUUUGGGAAUCUAUCUCAAGAGUCUGUGCCUUUAGACAAUUGCAAAAGCUGAAGUCCAAAAAAAAUUUUCGAUGUUUUAAUGCAGUUGAUAAACGUAGUUGCUGAGGUUGCGCCAAGCUUACACUUUUAAAUUUUACGUUGGAUAAUUAAAUAGGAAAUUUACAUUUAGAAGAUUCUGAACUUAAUUGAACCAUUCACAAAACAAGUAUGCUCAGUCGUAGCAGACCAAUGGAAAAUACAUAAAACAUCUACUAAAUACACGGUCGCAAAAAAAGCACUAAAACCUGCAAAGGCACAAAGAAUUAGUUGAUAACUUUAGCGCAAACAAAUACAAAAAUAUUAAAAAUAUAAACACAAACAAAAAAUAAAAUUAACAUAAAAAUUAAAAAAAAAACAAUAAAACAAAAAAAAAAUCUAAAAAUAUUAAAACUAGUAAAAAAGCAAAAAAAAAAAAUUAUAGUAGUAUAGCUAAGUAUAGCAUAGCUAAGUAGGGCUGUGGAAGCCCAACGCUAAACACAUAUUUUUUUAUACAUCAUUUUAUACUUCCCCAUACACGAACAAAAGACACACAAACAUAAUGUAUACAAUAUUACACAAAUGGAACAUAAACACAUAUUUUACACUUUUUUAUAAAAAACCAACAAAAGUCAUUCAAAAAAAGGCGUAUGUGUCUUGUAAAACAUGUAAGGAAGCUUUAAGACGUUUAUACGUUGAAAAAAUUUAAGCAAAUAAAAACAAGGCGACGCCAAGUAA